AUGAAGCUGAUUGAUAUCGCAAAGGACUUGCCGCGCAACACUAGCGCCGCCAAUCGCAUCGACACUGCGCACAGGUACUACACGAGCGUGGAGAACAACGACACCCACGACAAGAUGGCCGACACGCAAGUGUUCCAUGCGUGCGCGCGUCUUUACGACGUCAUGUUCACGGCACCGAGGAUAUUGGCGCAGUUGGGUAACUUGGAGGACUUAACUCCAAGACUGCUCACAAAACAUUUGAUGGAAAUGCAAAUAAAGCCAGUGCAUCUUGGUGUUGCUCUGCUUAUACAAGGCAGUACAGUAGCGGUGCAAAAUUCCGCCAAUCCCGCCUUAUACUUAGAUGUUGGGAAGACAAAGGUAAAAAAUCUAACAGGCAUACAGCAGAAAAAAAAGGAAGAUGCUGGUAAGCCUUAUACAUCUUCUAAAGUUAAAACAACUACAUCUUCUUCGCCACCACCUCCUCCGACCUUUGCUUCUGUGUUGGACGCAUCGAAUAUAAAUAUACAUCUUGACGCAACCCUAGAGACCGCAGAUACAGUUGAACAAGAAAACCAGGAGGAGUGGAUACAGUAUCACCUCAGGAAUACCAUAAACUUCGCGAUACGGUCGAAAAUGCUGGAAGUCCUCAGCACGAAACCGCAGGAGGUGGGCCCCAACGUCAUUGACAUGCUGAAGGUGCUCGCCUCCCGUCUAUUGCCCGUGGCCGAACUGCUGGAUAUACACCUGGCGCAUUCUAGUCCAGCGUUUAAGGAUACCUGUCCAUCUACUUGGCUUGGAAUUGUUGAUAAUAAACAACCUUGA